CAGAGAGGGAAUAUAGUCUGUGAUGUGGAAUGGCUGCCUGAGAGGAGGAGGCGUGUGGAAUAGCAGUCUCUUUUCCACCCGCUAUGCUCCUAGUAAACAUCUUGUUCUACAUGCCAAAAGAACAGGCUAUUUAAGGUACCGCCGCACUAAACUCUCUGGAAACCAUGCGGGAUAACGAGGAUGGGGAAGGGUUUGAUGGCGAGGCCUCCAAUACUUCAAUGAUUUCGGGAGCUAGUAGUCCAUAUCAGCCGACUACCGAGCCAGUCAUUCAAAGACAUGGGCUGGGCGGGAUGAGGUGGGACACGGACUACCUGAAGUCAAACUUUGGCAUCUUAAAAAUCAUACAAGUGGUUUUGGCACUGAUUGCCUUCAUUUGCAUAGAGACCAUCAUGGAGUGCUCUCCUUGUGGAGGGCUGUACUUCUUUGAGUUUGUCAGCUGUAGUGCCUUUGUCAUCACUGGAGUGUUACUGCUGGUCUUCAGUCUCAACCUACACACUAAAGUACUCCAGAUCAACUGGAGCCUUACAGAUCUGGUGAACACUGGAGUCAGUACCACCUUCUUCUUCCUGGCCUCGAUAAUACUGGCAGCUCUGAACCACCGGACAGGUGCUGAGAUCGCUGCAGUGGUAUUUGGUUUCCUGGUUACUACAGUCUAUGCUUUCAACACAUUCCUGGCUGUGAAGAAAUGGCGGCAAAGUGACCAGCGACCGAGCACAGUGCAGACCAGCGAAUACACGCGCGCCCGGACAGAGUCACGAGGGGAAGUGGAACCCCGUUCAGAGAUCCAGCGUCUCGAGGCCUAAGGGUUAACAACUGCCUUCAGCAUCUCACUCCAUAGUUCACUCUCGUGUCAGAAGCUAGAACUAAGCCACUCAAUUACCUGCCAAGAACCACAAGUUUCCAUUACGGUCAAACAAAAUUAAAUGUGUGUUUCUUCUGAAGUUGCAUGGCAUUUGUUUCCCUUAAACACUGCUUGCUAUGUGCCUUUGCUGAGUCUGUUUUACAACUCAUGCUAUCAAGAAAGAUGUCUAACCUUAUAUGUUUAUGUUAUUAUAUAUUGGUUUUGAACAUAUCCAGAAGUAUGUGUUAUACCUAAAUUCAUGGGAGAUAAGGUGUUAAUGUAUUGUUGCCUGGAUACUGUGAUCUGUCAAGGUCGACAGCCACUACAGGACAGUGUUAGGCCCAUGCAGAGUUGCCUAAACAUGUUUUUAAUUAAGUAAUACACAUUCUACAGAAGCUGCUGUAGUGACACAGAAAAUGAGGAGAGAUUUUGUAGUUGCAGUGAAAAUGCCCUGAAGGGACCAUAUCGCAGUACUUAAUUUCCUUAAUUUUGUGUUACUUUUUUUUUAAUGAAUUUCUAAAUAUGAAGGACUGUUGGUUAGUGAGGAUUUUAAAAACUGAAACUCUAGGUUGUAUUUACUUUAGGGUGUCGCCUAUACUGCAGUUAGGUAUAUUUUAAAAAUCUACAGUACUUUACAGUACUUUCCAGUGCACAUAAAAUGAUGCUCCUAAUUGAGGCAUUAUGAAAGUGGUUUUCUUUGUGGGUUUUUUUGUUUUUACAAAAUGGUGACAAUAGUGUUCCACCAGCCUUUACAUAGUUUUAUAAUGACUAUAUGAUGGCCUUUACAUUGGUUCUGCUAAUGUUUUUACACUUUUAACUUGGAUUUUUAAGGUUGUUUUGAAGGAUUUUUUUUUUAAAUUUUCUUUUUAUGUUUUUUUCUUUCCCCUGUCAAUCAUAUCUGCAAACUGCAAAAAAAAUUUAGAUUUAUAACAACUCACUGUCACCAAAACCAUGUUGUAGAAAAUAUAGAUAGUGUAACUUGUGCUAGUGGCUGUAGUUGCUGGAGUGUGGUUGAAAAUGAGUCGUUUUUCCUCGUUUCCCAUUGAUACAGUAUGUGCUUUGGACACAAUGAUUAUUAGUGGCAGUAGUUGCUGUAGUUUGGUUGAAAAUGAGUCAGUUUUCCUUUGUUUCCCUGUGAUACAGUAUGUGCUUUGGACACAAUGAGUAUUUGUAUAUAUUGAUUCUGUUAAGGCUGCAGGAACCUGCAGUAUGUUAGUUGCAGUGACUAUGUAUUUAUUGGUCUGCGUAUUCUUAAUCAUUGAAAUUAUUUUAAUGCAGAAACGUUUCUUGCUUCACCUAGGGUGCCUUGCAUUUCGUCUCUGAGCACUGCGGACGUUGGUACCAAAUCCAUUUCAUGAAUCAAAGUAACCAUUUUUCUAGGUAUGUUCAUUGUAGCUUACUGUUUAAACACCAUCUGUUUUUUUUAUCAUCAGCAUUUUAAAUAUAUUUAUUAUCUUUUUUUUAAUUAAAUUAUAUUGCUUUGAAUAUGAAACAGAACAACUUCUUUCAGAAGCAGCACUCUUUGCCUGUGUUGAGCAGUUAUAGUCGUCUUUCUGGGUAAUGUUGCUAUUAAAACAAAGGCAGGAAUUCUCAAAGCCAUUUACUCCAACCGUAUGUAUUUUUAAAAUAUUAUUAUAUAUCAGUUUUGUACAUGAAUACCCAGUCAGUUUUUAUUUUGUUGUUAUACCUAAAUUAAUGGAAGAUAGGGUUUGCAGUAAUAUUACACAGUUAUAGUGCCAUUGGAGCUGCAGAACUAGAAGUAAACAACUUAUUAGUAUGUUGGAGCCCUUGAAUUAAGAGUUGUUUAUUUCAUGUUUUGCAAUGUUAAUAGGUGUUUUUUUUUCUCCUGACACUUUGGCUUUAUGAAUGUCUUCCUGUUGGCUAUAACUAGGGCUGUAAAUGUUCACUAAUGCAUUACAUGUAUUAAGAAUGAAGGAUGCUUAAGUCAGCUUUGUUGUAUAAUCCAGAAUGAGCACAAUUCAGUUCAUUUUAUUGAGGAUGGACUAAAUAUAUACAUACACACACACACACACACACACACACACACACACCAGCUGCUUGUAGUUCAUUGAACACUCCUAUAGGAUGUUGCAGCAGCCCCAUUGUGUACUGAACAUAAUGAACGUAACCUGUUAUAAACCUGGUCAUUGUUAUUGCCUGAUUUUUAAUUUUUUUUUCAACCCUGUACAGGCUAGUAGUUUACAUUGGUGCAUUUAAGAUGCUAGUACCAAAGGUCUAGCAAAGACAUCUUUACUAGCUUUUGUACUAUGGUGGACAGAGGAACCAACCAAGACCUUGUUCUUGCGAUAGUGUCUGCUGCCAACUUAUGGAUAGGGCAGCUAUAUGGGGGAAAAAAAUGUGAUUCAAUUCACUACCACAAGGGGGUGUUGUUCAACAGGUGUCUACAGUGUGUACUGUAUGUAAUAUACAGGUAUGUAUCUAUCUAUGAAAGCAUGUUUAUCCUUGGCAUUAAAAUGUAAAACUGUAUAUUAUGUCUGCACACACUCGCACACAGUCUCUGAUCUUUUUUUUCAUAAAAGACACUUCAUUCUUGCAUUCAUUCGUUCAAUGAUACUUCAUUCUAUCAAUUUUUAGCCAGUUUUGUAUGGACGAGCCUACAGUUUGGUGUAAAACAUGUAAAGAUUCAGAAAUAGUUAUUUAAAAGCUUUUUUUAGAAUUUUGAAAAGUUUACAUACAAAAACUUUAAUUGUGCUGCCUCUUCCCUGUAAUUCUAUUAUUAUAAACAUUCUGACCCUGACACUGCUCCACACGUUUCUAUGGCAGAGAAUUGUACAUUUCCACAGUGCUUGUUUGCAUUUUUGUUGAGGGUGUAGAGACGUGGAUGUAACAAUGAAGUGAACCUUAAAGAAAAUCAAAAAAAUGUAUUUGGAACAACUUGCCAAAUGGGUUGCUUUCAUGUACAUUUUCCAAAGUUGCAGUAUAAUGUGGGAAUGUUUCCCUAGUAGAGAAUUUAAACGGUACAAGUCUGAACCUUUUCUUUCUCUGAAACAGUGCUGAUGUCUGGAUUUUUGUAUUUAUAGAAGUUUUAAUAAUACUGAUCACUGGUUACCUUUCCUUUGUUGUUUGUGAUGCCUCAUUGUCUUUCAAUAAAUGUAUCAUUGUCCCA